AUGCAAGAAGACCUUAAUUCAAGUCUUGAUUCAUUGGAAUUAGAGUUGUAUCAUAAACCUAAUCAAAAAAUAAAAUCAAUCUUAACCUAUCUAAGAUAACAAAAAAUUUAAUUUUGCACGGACCCAAAAAAGAAGGAAGAAGACUAUUAUUCAAAAAAUGAUAAGGAGAGUGAUAAUAAAGAUUUUGGAUUGUUUAGAAACAAAUUUUUUAAAAGAAAACCUGAACCUUUACCUAUUCUUUGUGAAAUCAAAUUAUCAUGA